CUGUCUGUUGUGCCUUUGAAAGACGGCGGGAGGCUGCAGCGCCAUGGCGACCCUGGGCCGCCUUCUGUGCAUGCUGGGCUUGCUCCUGUGCGGGGCGGCGAGCCCCCUGCCGUCGGCUCCCCACGCCACCACCACCAAGAAGCCCAUCAUCGGAGUAUUAAUGCAAAAGUGUCGUAGUAAAAACAUGCAAAGCCUGGGAAAAUACUAUAUUGCUGCAUCUUAUGUAAAGUAUCUGGAGUCUGCAGGUGCAAGAGUUGUACCAGUAAGGGUUGAUCUUACAAAACAAGAGUAUGAAAAGCUUUUUCAAUCUAUUAAUGGGAUCCUUUUCCCUGGAGGAAGUGUUAACCUCAGGAAGUCAGAUUAUGCCCGCGUAGCCAAAAUAUUUUACAAGCUUGCCAUAGAGGGUUUUGAUAAUGGAGAUUAUUUUCCUGUAUGGGGCACAUGCCUUGGAUUUGAAGAGCUUUCAUAUCUGAUUAGUGGAGAGUGCUUAUUAACUCACACAAAUACUACUGAAAUUACACUGCCUCUGAACUUUACUGGAGCUGCACUGAAGAGUAGAAUGUUUCAGAAUUUUCCUGCUGACUUAAUUCUGUCGUUAGCAUUAGAACCUCUGACAGCAAAUUUCCACAAGUGGAGCCUCUCCAUAAAGAAUUUUACAGCAAAUGAAAAUUUAAAGAAGUUUUUCAAUAUAUUAACAACAAAUAGAGAUGACAAGAUUGAGUUUAUCUCAACAAUGGAAGGACAAAAGUAUCCAGUCUAUGGCGUCCAGUGGCAUCCAGAGAAAGCACCUUAUGAGUGGGGGAAAUCAAAAGGCAUUUCCCAUGCAUCUAGUGCUGUGAAGGCUGCAUUUUAUUUAGCAGAGUUCUUUGUUUCUGAAGCUCGGAAAAACAGUCAUCACUUUGAAUCUGAUGUUGAAGAAGCUAAAGCACUGAUUUAUCAGUUCCAUCCAACUUACACUGCAAACAUUUCUUCAUUUCAGCAAAUCUAUUUAUUUGAUUGAAAGCCAUCGAUGUGUAACAGGAAUUUUGAAUAAUGCCAUAUUUAAACUAUUUUGCUAACUUACUGUUCAUGGCAAUAAUAGAAAGCCAGAGAUUCCUUUUCUAUGAUGUUGCUGGCUCUGAUUCUCAUUCGGUAUAUUUUACUCUAUCACAUUUGAUAAUCAGUGAGACAGAUAAAUAAUUAUAGUGUAUUUCAUUGAAAAGCUUUCUUGUCUCUGAAAAUUAAAAAAUAAAUUUAUUGGAAAUCCAA